AUGCGUCGCGAUCGCGGCGCAACGCCGAAUAACAAAUUGCUCUUUCACGCUUCGCGCCAGAGAGCAGCGCACCGCGAUAAUGGUCACAAAGGAAUAGUCAGAAGAGUCCAGAGGCAGUGGGAUGACUGGUCAUCAAUAUUAGGCCCCAUUGGACUAAAGAAUAAUGGCACGCCCUUCGUCGAGUAUCUCAAGACCGACUGCUAUGGCGAUGCCAUCCGCCAAUUUAACAAUGUCCUUGCAAAUCUGGUCAAAAACAAGGCCGGCAAAGGUAAGACUGAAGAGGAUGCUCUCGAAUGA